CAUGAUUCACACUCACUUCUCACAUCCCUCAAAGCUCAAGCUCCAAUUCGCUUAAGGAACAAUCGACAAGCAACCAGAGCAUGCAUGAGCUCCAUGAUUAAGAACUAAAACCUCUCCCAACCUUCCCAUCCCCACCACCAUCACCACCAUGGUCCUCGCCGACCUCUCCCCCCCCGACUCGCUCGGCAACGACACCUACACCUCCACCCCCUCCAACGACCCCCUCACCGGCCCCCUCUUCCACUAUGACCCCAACAGCCUCCCCAUCGUCUUCCCCGUCCUCGGCCCCCUCCUAGGCUUCACCCACGCCCGCAAACUCGCCCACGUCGACGCCGAACUCACCAAGUUCGCCCAACAGAUCGCUCGGCCCCUCACCCCCACCGAGUCCCAGAUCCUUGCCUCCGCCACCGCCACCAAAGUCACCUACCCCUCCUGGGUCGAGCCGCCGCUGCUGGCCUUCGCGUUGCGCCGCCACCUCGCGCUCGAGCGGGCGAAGGGGGAGUUCAGUCUGGUGUUCAUGAACGCGAAGGUGGAGCAAUGUACGCCGGCAAAGUUCGGGAUGCGGGAGACGCCGUUGUUGCGGGCGCUGUUCGCGAGCGCACGGGUGGCGCCGACGACGUUCGCGUGGUUGGUGGGGGCGCGGUUUAUUGCGUCGACGAUGCAUGUGUCGGCGUUUGCGCAGACGGUGUUGAAUAAUACGGAGUUGGACGGGUUAAGGAAGGCGCUGCGGAGGGCGCAGGGGGAGAUGCGGGGGGGUCAGGGGCAGGGGGAGCGGAGUCAGGGGGUAUUUGGCGGGAGGAUGGCGGGCGGUGAUGCGCCACGACGGACGGCGGGCGACGAGGGCGGCUCGACAGCGGGAUGGGGCGAUGCAGCUCCUCCGCGCGACGAUCCGAGACCGGGCGAUGAGGUGUAUAACGCGAAGAACGACACGGCGUGGGGGAUGGGUUCGUCUAGCAACGACGUCGACGAUGCGUCGCCGACCGCCGGAGCGCCGCCGGAGUCGUCGUGGGAGCGGAUCCGGCGGGAGACGCAGGCGGAGCAGCAGGGCGGGCGGAGAGGAGGGACGCCGGGGCCGCCGCGGUGGGCACGGAGACCGCAGGGGGGCGAGAAUAACGAAAGGAACGGGGAUGAUGGGGAUAUGUUUGGCUUUUCGCGGGCGGAGGAGGAGGCGCAGUUGGCGAAGGGGGAGGCACAGCGGGAUUUUGACACGCGUAUGGAGAGAGAGCGGCAAGGGAAGGAUUUUUGAAGAGGAUUGCAUGAGGUCGUGUAUAACAUUGUUCGGGUAUUAUCUCGGAAAUGGGCUAUAGAAUGGGCCUUAGGGGCACGUUCUCUGUACUAUCUCCGUACAUAUGGGUUGAAAUAGAGGCCUAGCCAUGUGUGACUUUGUUGACCGUGCCAUCGUCGGCGACGUGGAUGUUCAGCCUAUUGUAUUCGCGUUAGUUAUGCUUAACGUUUUGGAGGCCUGGGAGAUGGAUACCUGUCAGGUUUGUGGUCCAUGGUCAUCAUAUCCCCCUCCUUGACGACCCGGUGCUCGGAAGGGAGGUCUUUCUUUGCGAAGAACUGUCCCUCACAUCAGUAUCAGCACGUCGAAGCAGUAUGUCAUCGACGCAGGAUCAUGGGGACAACAUACAAUCUCGUUCGACUCCUCCCCGAUCUUCUUCCCCAUGAGUUUAUGGUUCCAUUCCUCGGUCUUGUCCUUGGACGAGGUGGUGAGGCCUGGG